AUGACCGUCCGUGGUGCCAUUGCCAGUGCCAUUCCCGUGGCUAACAACCAAGUCCUCACCGUUUCGCUGCCUGGAACCAUUAUCGAUUGGAAGGACUACUACUACAAUUCCUCCAAGCUCAUCAAGCCACCGCUGGACAUUCAAGUCAAGGAAGCGAGGCUCGUUGAUGGAAUGAUUCCGUUGUCAAAGUUUACUGCCGGCAAGACUGGAAAAAGUGUUGCCCGUAGCUACCUCGCCGCAUUGGAUCUGCUGGUGCCUGUUGAAGCCUCCGUUUCUGGCGUCAUCGGCAACGAGUCUACGCAAGUCACAGAUGAGCGCCUCAAGACCAUUCGUGACCGCUACAAGCUGUCGAUGGCGUAUCUUACAUCCCCAGAUGACACUCCUGGUGGCAAUGGCAAGUCAAAGGUUGAUACGUAUGUGCAGAAGCAGUCUGUUUGGGCCAGGGAAGUGGCUGCGUAUGCCCAAGCCCAGGCUCAGGCCAUGGAGAGGAGCCAGCCGCCGCCCGGCGCCACUACUGCGCAGGUCCGGGAGGCCAAAGAAAAGUACAUGCAGUGGAUUCAGGAACAUGCCCGAGAGUUCAAGAAUAACAUUCAGACCAAGUACAUGGACUGGGUGGUGCAUGGCUACAAGUUCAUGGUUGAUUUCCACUUUGGAGUUGUCGACAUCUCCUCGGGCAUGAAGCGUAUCGAGAACAGCAAGGAAGCGUACCGAAACCUGACGGUCAUUGCUCCCGAUGGCUCGAGCGAGUACAACGGGGUUGUGCUUAACCCUAGUAGCUGGGCAACCAUUGUGGCCAAGAAGGUCCUCAACUGGAAGAAGAACAACUCGGGGCCAUCUGCCGCUGAGAUUCGCGCCGAGCUUCGCCGUCUCCAGAACCUCCUGGUGUCCCAUCAGACGCUACAAAAGGCCAUUGAAGGGAACGCAUUCUUCCCUGUGCUUGCGAGCAACAAAGACGCAGGCCACGGCGAUCUGGAAGGCGCUUAUGCGCAGGUCUACGCCAACAUGGACGACGAGAAUAAGAAGCUUCUUACCCAGAGAAGAGAGGGCGAUGCGGCGCCUCCUGAGGAUCGCACCAAGGCUGAGUGGCUCAAGAACAACUUCAACAUUGAAAGCCGCCUGGAGGGUGUGCUCGCUCUGGAGAAGCUCGUCAAGGUGCAGAAAGAGCACACUGAGAAGAGCCUUAGCCGCACAACCUCGACUGUGCGCGACGGCGAGGAGGCGAACAAGUUGAAGGCUGGCCAAUGGCUGGGUGCCAGGAUUGGUCAGCUGGAGGCAGACAUUGCCGAUCUCAAAGAGCAGCUAGGCAUCGCAAAGAGCGCCGAGCAGGCCCAGACUCAGCUUCUUGCCCUGCCUGUCAUCAACGAGAAUGGCAUUGUCGUGACAGACGGCGAAGCCAGGGCUGACCCAAGCAUCAAGAACCCAACGAAGCCGGACAUUGAAGACUUGGACAACGAGGAGACUUGGCGUAACAGGACCGACGAUGGACCGGAUCCCUGGACAAAGAUCUCAUGCAAGGUCUCCGCCAAAUCCGAUCUCGCAGAGACCUCGACGUCGCAAUCCGCUUCUGCAGUCGCAGCCAAGGCAGGCUGGGGAUGGUGGAGCGUUUCCGCCAGCGCCAGCCACACAUCGAGCAGCUCUGAGGCGAUGCAGCAAAUGUCCAACCUCGAUGUUGAAAUCAGCAUGAGCUGCAUGGUCGUGGAGAUUGAGCGCCCCUGGCUCCACGCCGAGCUUUUCGCUGAUGCCGAGCUUGACUCUGGAAGCUUCAAAAUCUCGCCUGGUGAGGAUGCGCUCAGAGAGGCAUUUGAGAAGGAGAGAAACCUCGACGGCGAGUACCAGCAGUUCUCCUCGUUUCCAACUUCAUUUGUCGUCGCUGCCGAUGUGGAACUCAGUUUCUCCGGAGACACGACCAAGCUCGAAAGCGCCGUCUCGGCAUCGUCCACCUCGGCCAACCUUUCCGUUGGGUACGGGCCCUUUGCGCUCUCUGGAUCCCACAGCUCUUCCAAGUCCAAGUCCCGAACCAAGAUGGAGUCGACUGCAACUGGUUGCAAGAUCUCUGUCCAGGCUCCCCAGAUUGUCGGCUGGGUUCAGACUCUUCUGCCUCAGCUGCCCAAGCCUAAGACUGGGGUGUUAAACAAUAGUAAAGCACAUGCGGCUUCAUAUGAUUUACUUCUGGCUCAGGUGCUUAAUAGCGCGUGCCUGGCACACACCAGCGGCGGGGCAGAGGAAGUCUCAUCGUGCGUACUCAGCGGGAAUGAGAAGCACUGUAACCGUCGUUCGUUCUCUUUAGAUGAACCUCGUGUAGCGUCCGGUGUCCGAGAUACUGACCGACUGCCUGGAGGCAAUGGCGGUUCCAAACAUGUCAAGCAAUGCGUCGGUUGCGUUGAUGGUUCUGGAAGAUUACGACCCAUAUGCGUCACGGAACAACCAUAG